GAAAAAAAAAUAUAUAUAUAUAUAUAUAUAUGGGAGGCAAGCAAAGUAUAAGCACACAAGAAGAUAUGUGUUAUAGUGGAAGUGCUUUUCGUUUGAAAAUUAAGCACACAAGAAGAUAUGUGUUCUAGUGGAAGUGCUGCACAUAAUGAUGCAGAUAGAAAUUUUCUGUUUUAAAAUAAUUUGGUAAGUUCAUUUAAAUGCAUGCGGAUAUAUAUGUAAAUCCAUGCAAUUUGUACAUGACUAUUAUCAAUUGGAUCGUUUCUGUCCUUUUCACAUGUAAUUUUGAGAUUGCUUAGUUAAAUCAAGAUUUGUGAUUUGCUCUAUCUGCUUAAGUCUAAAUUGAAUGUAAAACAUUCAGGCUUUUCUUAUCUUUGGUAAUUAGGACAAUAGACAAAAAACAUAGGAAAAGGAGGAUUGCUGAAAUUUCGGACUGAAAAAGUUCAUAUAUUUUGAAAUUCCAGGAAUUUGCUUAUGUUGACAGGGGCCUGUUUUAGAAUUCUUCCAUUUACCGUAGGUGGGACCUAGAAGUAAAUUUGGAAAGCUUCUUCUGAGUUGGAGUAUCUUAUUAUGAUUCCAGUAUUCGCCAUCUUUAUGUGCUUGAAGUUUGGGAAGAUGGCAGCACAGACUUUCCCCUGAUUGAUUUGAUAAAAUAUCAAGCUAAGCCUCUGAUCAUCUACUCAAGCACUAAAAGUGAAGAACCCUUCUUGUCUGCUUUACAGCGAAGUGAUGGUGCAACUGAGACCCACACAGUGAAGCUUGUAAAAAGUUCAAUAUUCAGCUACGAGCAAGCAUGGCACAGAUUGAUAUAUCUACAAGUAACGGGAAUGGAUGACGGGUUAACUAUAAAGGAAAGAAUUUGUUAUUUGAGUUCUAUGAUGGACAUGAAAAGUGAAGUUCAAGUUCGUGCAAGUGGGGGUCUUCUUGCCAUAUUAGAGAGUGAGAGGGUUGUAGAUACACUGGAACAAAAGGAUUGUGGGAAUGAAUCAAUCUCAAUUGAUUGUGUUACAGAAAUUUCGUUAAACAAUUUUCUCAAACUUGAUAGUUCAGCUCAUGAGGCGUUGCAGAUAUUCCAAACGGACAAACAUCCAAGCCACAUGGGCAUUGGGAGGGCAAAAGAAGGGUUCUCUCUGUUUGGCAUGAUGAAUAAGUGUGUUACUCCAUCAGGGAGACGUCUCUUGAGAAGCUGGUUCUUGAGGCCAAUACUGGACCUUGAAAAUUUGAACAGGCGUCUCAAUUCCAUAUCGUUUUUUCUUUGCUCUGAAGAACUGAUGCUUUCUUUGCGUGAAACUCUAAAGUCUGUGAAGGACAUUGCUCACAUACUCAAGAAAUUCAAUUCUCCAAGCUCCAUCUGUGCUACUGGUGAUUGGACAGCUUUUCUAAAGAGUGUUUGCUCACUCUUGCACAUGAACAAGAUGUUUGAAGUAGGCAUUUCUGAGAGUCAUAGAGAGCAUUUGAAGUACUUGAGUCUGGACAUCGUGGAGAAGGCUGAGUCAUGCAUUACCACAGAGGUUGCUUAUGUCUAUGAAUUGGUAAUUGGUGUUCUAGAUGUAAAUAGAAGUAAAGAGAAGGGAUAUGGAACGAUAGUCAAAGAUGGUUUCUGUGAGGAGUUGGAUGAGUUGAGGCAAAUAUAUGAGGAAUUGCCAGAAUUUCUGGAAGAGGUGACAUCCAUGGAACUUGCAAGCUUACCUCAGUUGUUUGAGGGCAAGCUUGUCCCUCGUAUUGUUUAUAUACAACAGAUAGGAUACUUGAUGUGCAUUUUGGAAGAAAAACUUGAUGAAACUACUCUUGAGAAAAUUCCAGACUUUGAAUUUGCCUUCACUGAUAUGGAUGGAGAAAUAAAAAGGUUCUUUUAUCGCACACCAAAAACUCAAGAAUUGGACCGCUUGAUUGGUGAUAUUUAUCACAAAAUACUAGAUAUGGAGAGGGCAAUCAUUAGAGAUUUGGUUACACAUGUACUUCUAUUCUCAAUGCAUCUGCUUAAGGCUGUGAAUUUUGCGGCUGAAAUUGAUUGCUACAUGUCACUGGCACUCAUAGCUCGUCAGAACAAUUAUGUAAGGCCUACUUUGACUGUGGAUAACUUUCUUGAUAUACAAAAUGGAAGACAUGUUCUGCAGGAAAUGACAGUGGACACUUUUAUUCCCAAUGACACAGAGAUCCAUAAUGAUGGAAGAAUAAAUAUAAUCACUGGUCCUAAUUAUUCAGGGAAAAGCAUCUAUAUAAAGCAGGUGGCUUUAAUUGUUUUCCUGGCCCAUAUCGGAAGUUUUGUACCUGCAGAUGCUGCAACAGUGGGUUUGACUGAUAGGUUUCUCCAGAACAUUAUAAUAUUCUGUGCAAUGGGAAGCAAACUGAUGACUGCAGAACAAUCAACAUUUAUGAUUGAUCUGCAUCAAGUAGGAAUGAUGCUAAGGCAGUCAACCUCAAGGUCUCUCUGUUUAUUGGAUGAAUUUGGUAAAGGCACUCUUACAGAAGAUGGCAUUGGUCUGCUUGGUGGAACCAUUAAUCAUUUUGCCUCAUUUGACGAACCCCCAAAGGUUCUGGUUUGCACCCAUUUGACCGAGUUAUUUGAUCAGACUUGUUUACAGGAAUCUGAGAAGAUAAAAUUCUAUACCAUGAGUGUGCUGAGGCCAGAUAGUAGUACUACAGAUACCGAGGACAUUGUAUUCCUGUAUAGGCUGGUUCCUGGACAUGCGCUUCUCAGCUAUGGGCUACACUGUGCGCUACUUGCUGGAGUGCCUGAGGAAGUUAUUAAGAGGGCAGCUUUUGUAUUGGAAGCUAAUGGUCAAAACAAGCAUGUUGAGCGUUUGUGCAACGAGAGUAUAUCAGCUCAAGAUGAAAAAUACUUGAAUGCAGUGGUAAAGAUGCUGGAAUUUGAUGUUUCCAGGGGUGACCUGAACUGUUUCUUUCAGGAUAUAUUUUCAUCCGAGUCCUAAAAGCUUUAAAGGAUAUUAUUCGGUUUACAUGAAACUUUCCUUACAUGACAUACAGUGAAAAUGGCAAGCACUCUUCAGAUGACGUUCUUAUCUGCCAUGUAUGACUCUUCAGAUGUAGGACUCUUUGGAAUUAUCAAUUAUGUGGGUACAAGAAUCACGUAUGGGCCGUAUGGCAACUGAGCAGGGUGGCCAUCCCCAUUCCUUGCUCACCCUUUGUUUUCUGUCCUGUUUCUUUUUGAAGCAGAGCAGGAUGCGGAUUCCUAGUGGGGAACAAGAGGAGAACCUGUUUUCUGACCAUUAAUAAUAAUAAUAAUUACUUAUAUAUA